UGAAAGUGUAUUCCCCUUCCCUUUUCCAGCCUUCGGAAUCACAUUUUUCUGCUCCGGUUCGCUUAGUCAAUUGUAGUCAAUCGUAAUCCUCCUGAGCCAAUUCAAUUGAGUGAAGAAGAAGAAGAAGAAGUAAUCCUCCUGCCUCCUGGUUGCAUCGAAGAAAUACAGCUUUCGAGGAAAAAAAUGGUUACUGGACGCGCGUUGCAUUUUGUAUUCAAAAUACCGGAUCGUGGGUUAACGGCGAAGUUUUAUCGAGAGAUUCUCGGGAUGAAGGUACUGAGGCACGAGGAAUUCUCGGAUGGAUGCGAGGCCGCGUGCAAUGGACCAUAUGCAAAUCGUUGGAGCAAAACAAUGAUCGGUUAUGGACCUGAAGACACACAUUUUGUGAUUGAAUUAACAUAUAAUUAUGGGAUUAAAGAAUAUGAGACUGGAAACGAUUUUAAAGCCAUCACCAUACAUUCAAAAGACGUGAUUGAAAGAGCACGCGCUAAUGGCUGGCCGAUGCAUGAGGAAAAUGGAAAAUUUGUGAUGCAGGCACCUGGUGGAUAUAAAUAUCACAUUGUUAAUGAGCAACAUGCUAACAGUGAUCCAGUAGAGAAAGUUACCUUAUCUAGCUCUAAUCUCGAACGUACCAUUGCCUACUGGAAAGAUAUUUUGGGAUUACAAAUAUUUGAUAGGAAAGAUAAAAGUGUGUUGAUGGGCUACAGUAAAAAUCAAGCCAAACUUGAGUUUGAAGAUAUUGGCAUUGAAGUUAAUCAUGCAAAAGCAUAUGGACGUAUUGCUUUCUCAGUACCGUUUUCGGAGCAGCCGGCGAUCCAAAAAGCUAUUAAAGAAAGUGGAAAUAAAAUCUUGACUGAUCUAAUAACUCUAGAUACACCAGGAAAAGCUUCUGUAAGAGUUAUCAUUCUUGCUGAUCCAGAUGGCCAUGAGAUCUGUUUUGUGGAUGAUGAAGGAUUUAGACAACUUUCAGUACCAGAUUAUCCGAGCGAAGCAAUUCUAAAUAGAUAUAUUGAAAAGGAAGCGACAAAUAACCUGUGAAAAAUUACUUAUUUUACUAUUUAAGUAUUAUUUGAAAUUUAAUGAUAUUAGUAUGGAUUUACGGUGUUGGAAUACUAAUUGUGUCAAGGUUAAUAUACAAGAUGCAAAAUAUCUAAAUUAAAAUAUGUAAAUAUGCAAAUAAAAUAUGUUCUCAUUGUUUUGUAAAAAUAAACUUUAUUUUUUGUACCAAA